AUGUCACAACCAGCGAUGCGUGCCACAAUUAACGUCCUGCCGAGGGCGGCAACUCGACAAUGCCUACGAUCCCUGUCCACAGCUAGCAACAUGGCUGCCAGAAGACCGACGACAUCCUGCCUUCCGAAACCACAGACACAAACCUACCAGCCAUUGGUUCAACGGAGAUUCAAGUUCAAGACAGUGGAGGAGGCAAAAAGUCGCUAUCGUUCUGGGCCAUUCUCAUGGAAGGCUGGUAUUCUCUUCCUCAUGACUGGCGCCGGGCUCCUGUUUUACUUUGAGAAGGAGAAGGAGCGCAUGCAGCGCAAGAGGAUAGCAGAGUCAACCAAGGGUGUUGGAAGGCCCAAGGUGGGCGGGCCGUUCAGCUUGAUUGACCAGAAUGGCAACACUGUUACGGACGAGGACUUGAAGGGGCGCUACUCUCUUGUCUACUUUGGAUUUACCCAUUGUCCGGAUAUCUGCCCCGAGGAGCUCGACAAGAUGGCGAGAAUGUUCGAUCUGGUAGAGGAGAAGCGUCCUGGUGUGCUGGCACCUGUAUUUGUGACAUGCGACCCCGCGCGUGACGGUCCCAAGGAGUUGAAGGAAUAUCUUGCCGAGUUCCAUCCCAAGUUUAUCGGUCUGACAGGCACAUACGACCAGAUCAAGGCCAUGUGCAAGGCCUACCGGGUUUAUUUCAGCACGCCGAACGAAGUCAAGCCAGGCCAGGAUUACCUGGUCGACCACAGCAUCUACUUCUACCUUAUGGACCCCGAGGGAGACUUUGUGGAGGCGCUCGGCAGACAGCACUCUCCCGACCAAGCAGCCAAGAUCAUCGUGGAUCAUAUGAAGGAGUGGAAGGGACCCUUGAAGAAGGCCUAG